AUGGAGCCAGGAGGCUGCGGCUGGGCCGGGAGGCUGGGGUGCCGGCUCUGGACGGCCAUCAGCAAGGCGCUGUUCGCCGAGUUCCUGGCCACGGGGCUGUACGUGUUCUUCGGCGUGGGCUCGGCCAUGCGCUGGCCCUCGGCGCUGCCCUCUGUGCUGCAGGUCGCCAUCACCUUCAACCUGGCCACGGCCAUGGUGGUGCAGGUGACCUGGAAGACCAGCGGGGCGCACGUCAACCCCGCCGUGACGCUGGCCUUCCUCGUGGGCUCCCAGAUCUCCCUGCCCCGCGCCGUGGCCUACAUGGCGGCCCAGCUGGCGGGGGCCAUUGUGGGGGCCGCUCUGCUCUACGGGGUCACCCCGGGAGACAUCCGAGAGACCCUGGCGGUCAACGUGGUGCAGAGCAGAGUCUCGGCGGGCCAGGCGGUGGCGGUGGAGCUGGUUCUGACCCUGCAGCUGGUGCUCUGUGUCUUUGCUUCCACCGACAGCCGGCAGACCGCGGCUUCCCCGGCCGCCAUGAUCGGGACCUCCGUGGCCCUGGGCCACCUCAUCGGGGUCUACUUCACCGGCUGCUCCAUGAACCCGGCCCGCUCCUUCGGUCCUGCUGUCAUCGUCGGGAAGUUCGAAGUCCACUGGAUCUUCUGGGUGGGACCCCUGACAGGGGCUGUCCUGGCGUCGCUGAUCUACAACUUCAUCCUGUUCCCCGACACCAAGACCCUGGCCCAGCGGCUGGCCAUCCUCACAGGCACCUCGGAGAUGGAGGAGGUGGACGGGGUGGAGCCCCAGAAGGACGAGCCCCCGUCCAGUCCAGGGGACACCAAGAUGGAGAACAUGUGUCAGAUAGCGUAG